AUGUUUGUUCAGGAGAUUCAACGUAAGCCGGCAUGGCUGGAGGCGCUGGACACGCAGAAGUUCUUCGGCGGCUGCACCGUCCACGCGGCAGCGAGGAAGAACGAGAAGAACAUAUGCUGCCUCGACUGCUGCACCGCCAUCUGCGCCCACUGCGCCGUCGACCCCUCGCACCGCUCCCACCGCCUCGUGCAGGUGCGGCGCUACGUCUACCACGACGUCGUCCGAUUGUCCGAUCUCGCGAAGCUCAUCGACUGCUCCAGUAUUCAGUCAUAUAUAAUUAACAACUCCAAAGUGAUCUUCAUAAAGAAGCGGCCACAAAAUAGGCAAUUCAAAGGAUCAGGAAAUUUUUGCACCUCUUGUGAUCGAGCCCUCCAGGAACCUUACAUCCAUUGCUCACUUGAGUGCAAGGUUGAUUAUGUCUUAACAUGCAAGAAGAACAUGUCAAUUUACCCAAGGACAAUUGAUCGUUCGAAAUUGAUCAGCUCAGAAUUUGUCGCACCAUACGAACUAGAUCAUGCAUUUGAUCACGAGAAUAAUGAUACACCGCAUGCCGCUAUCGUCGAAGGCGAUGAGGCCAUGGGUUCAUCGGACUCGGAGAAUUUGAGUGGCGCGUUUGGUAACUUCGUUCACAAGAGACGGAGCGAGCUAAAGCUGUUCCCGCGGUUGGCGUCUAGGGUUUCUAGUGAUGAUCAUGACAUGGUUGCUACAAACAUGAAUAGAAGGAAAGGGACUCCACAUAGAUCCCCUCUAAGUUAG